AUGGCCAUCUCAAGUGAAACCAUUGUCGGCAUUAUAGCUUUAUUGGUCAUGUGUGGUCCGACCUUGCCUUUCCUAUGGCGGUAUUUGCGCCGCAACAAGCGACUUCCCUUCACAGCUAUUGGGCUGACAGCAACGCCUCACGCCAACGACAUCACGCCCGCUCAGCAGCCACAGCAACAACAGUGGCUUCUUUAUUUACCGUUCGCCCGCUUGCCCUUGUCCGCAACCAGCGCCGAAACGCAUUCGUCGUCCAUGAGGCUCGAAUAUGCCAGGUCGGAGUGGGAGCACCAUCACGCGCAGCUGUCGGCGUUGGAAAACGGAACGCUGUAUACCGCUGUGAGAACAAAGCUGGUUUCCCUUUCACUUCCCCCUUACCCAGAGCAGCUCAUGGUCGGGGACUAA